GAGACCUGCGAACGCGUGGGCGUCGCCCAUGGAUUGGUCCUCAACCGGAACCUGCUCCUCGACAGCGGGGAGGGGACCUUGGAGUACCUGCCCAUCGGCAUCAGCCCGCGGAAGACGGAAAAAGCGAAAAGGCUGAGGAGGCACUACAUCGCAGGCAAAACGUCCUUGUCGCAAGAUCUCCGCCAGCAGAUGCUCAAGUUCCUGGAAGAGGACGGGCCAGCUCUCAACUGCUACCAUGGCCCGGCAGACACCCGGCCAGAACUAUCGCCCCCAGCUGUGGCGGGCGUGGGAGAAAAGUCCCUCUCCGGAAUGCUUGAGACGGGAGUGUUCCGCAAACAAAUUUCUGCUGUGGUCAAGUGCCGCACGACCGAUAUUAGGGCUGCCAGCGAGGAUCACCUCAUAGGUGAUCCGACGGUG